AGUUAGUGUGACAAGUGAGGCGCUUCUCUUUGUGUAGUGAAGCGUCUGGAUUAUAGACGAUCUUUGUAGUCGGUCAGCUGAUCUCGGAAUGUGCAAGUUACAAAACAUAAAUAACGUGUAGCCUGCAUUAAGGCCAUUUAAACAGCACAUACGAAGAAACGACUUGAUAUCUCAUAACGUAUUUCUUACUGAUUGUAGUCACCGGAAUAUGUCAACCAAUGGAUCCUGCUACAACUGCGGCUCCGAUGCAGAACGACUGUGAGACAGAGUCAAGUUCAGUUUGGAGCUGGUGGCCCUCCUGGCGUCCGACCUCCAUGUCUCUUUUAAAGACUACAGAGUCCAAGAUUCUCAACUGUAUUCAGAACGAUUUAUGGGCCAGAUUUGUGACCCUUCCUAACCAAGACCGAAUAUGGACUCUGACCCUCACGAACAAGGCGGUUCGCAAACCUGUAGAGAAAGCUUCAAAGACUCCUCUGGUGAUGGUCCAUGGUUUUGGAGGAGGGGUAGGCCUGUGGAUUAGGAACCUAGAUGCACUGAGUCGCUCACGGCCUGUAUACGCUUUUGACCUCCUGGGCUUUGGCAGGAGCUCCAGGCCUCCCUUCCCCUCAGAUGCUGAAAAGGCAGAGGAGCAGUUUGUUAGCUCAAUUGAGCAGUGGAGAGAGUCUGUAGGCCUGGAGAACAUGAUUCUGCUGGGACACAGUCUGGGGGGGUACCUGGCGACCUCCUAUGCCAUCCAGUAUCCUUCUAGAGUAUCACAUCUUAUCCUGGUUGACCCGUGGGGUUUCCCAGAGCGACCACAGCCACAGACACAGACCCAGGAGGGGGAAGAGGUGGUGAAGAGGAGGUCUAUUCCACGCUGGGUGAAAGCUAUUGCAGCACUGGUUUCACUCUUCAACCCACUGGCUGUUAUCAGAGCAGCAGGCCCAUGGGGUCCAGGCUUGGUGAACAGAUUUCGCCCUGAUUUCAAAAGGAAAUUUGAAGAUAUGUUCGACGAUGACACUAUGACGCAGUACAUCUACCACUGUAAUGCACAAACCCCAAGUGGUGAGGUGGGUUUCCGGGCCAUGUCGGAGUCUCUAGGCUGGGCUAAGAGACCUAUGCUUCAGCGGGUUCAUCUGCUGCCCUCCUCUAUGCCACUCACCAUGCUAUAUGGAGCACAAUCCUGGGUGGACAGUUCAUCUGGGGACAGCGUGGUCCAGAUUAGGAGCCCAGACCACACUAAAGUGAUGCUGAUAAAUGCAGCUUCUCAUCAUGUGUAUGCUGAUCAACCAGAGGCAUUCAACAAGGUGGUCGAAAACAUAUGCAACAGCGUUAACUGACAUGCAUAUGUGUUCAAUACUUAUUUCUACUACAUACACUGUGUAGUCAAUUCAUGGUGGUUUCAGCACUGCAACCUUUGCAUGUGAAGCAUGCUGAAUGGUCUUCUUACAGGGUGGAUGUAUAUCAUGACUUUGAAGGUUAUUAUGUUCUCAUAGUAGCAAGUUAUUAAUAUCAUCAUAGAGAUCAUUGUAGAGUUCAAUUUGUAAGCUGAUGUCGUGUUUUUUUUUUUUCGAGCCUGUAUUAUUGUUGAAUGUGUUUAUAACAUGUGAUUAUUGUAAUUUUAUUGUGUCCAUACAGGAGAUUAAGUUAACCACUUAAUUCACUGCUAAAUUAUUUUGCCCACCGCUAUGUUGUUGUUGUUGUUGUUGUUGUUUUUUUUUACAAUAAGUGAAACAUUAAUUGGGCAUACAGACCUACAGAUUUUUUUUUCUAAUGUGGGUUUAAGGUAAAGCAUUAAGUAGUGUAUGUAUGACCUCCUGCUUUUUACUUCUGAUUAUGUAUCAAACAGCUGUGUAUAUUUUAUACCUCAAAAUCAAUAAAAGCCUAU